GAGUACCUGCGGCGAGGCUUUGUUGCACCUGUGGCCAGAGGGGGCGCGAUGCGAGGGACUGCUGGCAUCGACAGGAGAAGCCAAGCUACGAAAAGGGUACGCAGAAGGUCAAGAAAGGGCAGGAAGGGAAAGCGAACGAGAUCACGAUGUACGGCGGUUGGAGCAACAUCUUCACGCCGCCACCGGGGAUGCUCACUGGGAACUGCGCAGGUGAGCACGUGUUCGGCAUCGGGGACUUCCCGUGCGUAGAGCUCAACCCAGGACGCACGCCCCACCUUGCGGUCGCAGGCGGCGCACCACCGAAGCCCUACGGAUUGAAGACGGUCGCGCUCUACAUGACCGACGACAGGCGCAUCGUGAUGGAGCCCCAGGUCGACGACGUGAGGCAGCCCAUUAUGACAGCGGGCAAGUUCUGCAGCAGCAAAGAGAACCGCGUGGCUCGGCAGGGCGGCAAGGGAUGGCUGCUGAGGCACGAGACGUCAGGACUGGUCAAGCUUAAGAAGAUCAACAACCACUACGCACUGGUGUGUUGGAGCACGAUGUACGAUGACAUGGAGGAGGUCCGCAAGGUGAAGAGGGCGAAGACGGAGACGCUUUUCAACGAGCAUUGGCAGGAGGGCCACGAGCGAUACCCCCAGGAGAGCGGCGGCAACCUGAAGUCGCAUCACGAGGAGCCGCACCGGCAGAGAGACCAGCGGCAGUUCCCCACGAUCACGAGACGGGCGAUCAAAGGCGGCAUCUGCGAGACGAUCUCCAUGCGGCAGUCGGAGAGGGACAACAGCCAGGCGAACGCCGGGGCCGAGAGAGCCAUCCAGACGGUGAGGCAGCAGGUGGGGGCGUUGAUGCUGCAGGUCAACGAGCAGCUGCAUGCAGAGCGGCUCUACAACAUAUACAUGGUCAGGGAGGGCACCGAUUUCGCGCCCUACGAGAAGACCCACAUGCUCAAGUACCGUGAGCCCAUCGCAGCAGUCGGAGAGGCAGUGGUCUGCAGGAGGCCAGGAGCCCAUGUCAACAAGCUGGAGUCAUCGUGGCUGGAGGGCAUUUGGCUAGGGCGCGGCGCGAGGACGGACGAGCACCUGAUCG